GCGCUACUCCAGAUUCUACACCGGCUCCGGCAGGAUGGAGGCUACAGACAGAGUGGAGGAAUGAGGCGGCUGACCGAAUACGGUUUCUCCAGUGAAUUCGCGCUCAGCGACCUCCGGUGUUUUACCGAGUGGACUGCCACCUUAUUGAGCUAUGAGGAGACCUGAGCCGGUUCCUCCAGGCGGUCUGACUGUGGGACUAUGCUGUGUUCGUCCACUGGGUGGCGCCUCCUAAGCCGAGCCCACCUCCUGCCUCCCCUCACCCCCCACCCCUCUGAUCUGCUCGGCAGCAUGUAUGCCACCCGCCUCUACAGCACCACAGGAGGGGGAGGGGGAGGCGGGUUCAAGCAAGGACGAAGAGCGGGAUUAGCGAUGCUGGAGGCGCCCCACCCACAUGUCCCCCAUCACCCACACCCACCACCACCUCUCCCCUCCUACCAGCUGUACCAGGGUCGACCUGAUGCCCACAAAGGAGCACACUUCCACCACCAUUACCACCCCCACCCACACGCCCACCACCUGCACCCAACCCCUCUGCCCCCCCACUACCACCACCAAGUCCCCAUACACAGCUAUGGGGGAGGAGCUCCAGUUGUUGGGGUCCCUAAGAAGAAAACUUGGAACUUCAUCCAUGAGAAGAUGAGCUACGACACGUUCUUUACCAUGAAGCGUCUGAUCGAGCGCUCGCGGCGACCCGACGAGGUUCUGAGGUGGAUCACCCAGAACCCUGCUAAGAUCUCCCACAACCACUACCCUGUGGCUCUGCAGAAGAUUGGACAGCUUCUGCAGGCCACGCCCACGCUGCAGUCCAGCAGGGAUGCUUCUGAUGGCGAGGCCUCCAAAAGUGGAGCACCAGAGGGAGACAAGAGGUGCAUCCUGGAGCAUCCGGACUUCCAGAUGCUCUGUAGCGCCAUCAUCAGCGAUUGUUCCAAGUUCGACAACUUCAGCAUUGUCAACUGCCUGUAUGCUGUGGCUGCCUUGGGCCUGCCAAGCGACUCCCAGGUGGUCCAGGUUCUAGAGGCAGAGUCCCAGUCCAGGUUGAACCAGUUCAACCAGAAGGACAUGUCCAUGGUGUUCAGCUCUACUAUGAAGCUCCACCCAGGCAGCCAGCACCCACUGACUGAAGCAUGCCUAGCCGGCCUAGAGAAGAACCUGGAGCGGGAACGCCACCCGCAGACCCUCUUCCUGUUGCUGUCCUACUACAGACUCAAGUGGCGCUCUCUGCAGCUGCUGGAGCCGGUCAAAGGAGGUGCUACAGCUGCCACCUCCAGCUCAGAGCAGCUGCUGACCAACAGGAAGAUCCUACGGCUGGUCAAACACACUCUGGCCAGCGUCAGUGGAGUCCGCGACCAGGAGAUGGCGCUGUUGGAUGAAAUGCUGGCGGCAUGCGCUCAAGAGGCAAGCAACAAGAGUCUGGAGCUGAUCUUCAGCUCUCACCUGUUCUAUCAGAACAGACAGGAGAGAUUCAUCAGUAGCCUGGCAGAGGAGUUACCCAAGAAGGUGGACAGCAUCACACCUUACACAAUGGCUCUGAUCUCCAAAUACAUCGCACGCCAUCGGCUCAGAGAGACACGGCUGCUUGACACCAUUGCAGACUUCCUGGUGAAAAAGGCGGAGUACCUGGACAGCAAGGUGAUCCAGAAACUGGUGUUCCCGUUCAGCAGGAUGAGUUACCGGCCGUCCAACGAGCAGCAGUUCUUCUCUCGGCUGGAAGAAGUGGUGGAGCUGAAGGCACUCAGCUCGCCGCUUGCAACCGUCAACAUCCUGAUGUCCCUGUUCCAGCUGGGACACUUUCCUGGAAUGGUGCUGCACCGGGUGUUUUCCACCGUCUUCAUCAGCAACGUAACCAACAGCCCGUACGCUCUGAUCGUCAGGAGGUACCUGUCUCUCCUGGACGCCGCUGUGGAGUUGGAGCACAGAGACUACACGGGGCCUCGUCUGCUGGAUGCACACAAGGUGCUGAUGUUUGACCACGCCCUCACAACUGACGAGGCCAAUCGCAAGUACAGUUAUAAAGGGUUGGUGGCCGAGGCUCUGAGGCAGUUGGUCGGAGAGCAGAAUUACAAACAGGAUGAGGUUCUGGCCCCAGGGUACUACACAGACUUUGUUCUCUGGUUGGACACUUCUGGUCGAGUUCUGCCCAUUAGGUCUGGUUCAGGUUUGCCUCUGGACCUGGUGUCUGCAUCCUGCGUUGCCACGACGACCAAACCAGCUGAAGAUGCAUGUGCAGCUGUGAGUUCAGAGCUGCAGAAGUUCUCUCCAUUUGUGGCCCUUGAGGACGGCGUCGAUCAGCCAUGCCAGGCUGUUGAAGGAAUGGAUGCCGCGCUAGAGGCCAGGACCUUUCAGCCUCAUCAUAUCUGCAACACUGUUGGGGCCACCACAGCUACAGGGCCCCCUCGGGUCGGGCCUAACGACUCUACCCUGGACUAUGGCCCCUACUAUGUCCCUGCUGAGGAGUACUACUCCGGUCUGGCCAAGGAGCACUCCUUGGAGAGCCAGGACAGCUCCACACUUAGCAGCCCUCCUUCUGAUGGCCUGGCUCCACCUGGGGCUCCAGGAGACUCUGGGGCCCCCGCCCCUGACUCCUUGUUCCAGUUUUCCAUUCGAAAGAUCCUGGAAGACGAAGGGGCGGCAGGGAUCUCGGGGGCUCAGGGAAAGGACUGUGAGUUGUCAGGAUUUUAUGAAGGAUCCACGACCAGUAGAGGCCCCCCAGUGUCCCCACAGCUCAAAACCCACAACCAGGAGGUUUCAGAAGAUCUGCCUCCAGAGCAAAGGAACAUCCGGAGAGUCAUCGUGUCUGUCAAUGACAAGUGGCACUAUUGUCACAACUCUGAGGUUCUGGUUGGGUCUCGGGCCAUGAGGGACCGGCACCUGAAGCUGCUGGGAUACGUCAUCCUACAGCUGCCGUAUCACGAGCUGGAGAAGCUGAAUGGCAUAGAGGAGGUGAAGCAGUACCUGCAGCAGAAGCUGCUGGAUGUGUCUUUAUGACUGUGUGGACAGCAGUCGGACGUCACGCUGAUCUCCUGUCAGAACCAACCAUGUUUAAGAUCAUAUGGACUCGUCUUCUGGGGUUGGGGGGGUUUGUAAAAUGUGGUAACCAUGGUGACAAGAAUGCAUGAGCUGUCUUUUCAAGCAUGUGCCAAAGGUUAAUGGUGGUUUUGGGGGUCAAAGGUCAGAGUAUUUAUUUGUGUAUUAGGUGAUGGACAGAAAUUCUAUAAAUCUCUAAAACCUGAAA